AGUUCAUCUACAGCUAAACUAUGUUUUGAUAAGCUGUUGUGAUAAUCCAUCAACCGACGGACCUGCCUCCUCUGGUUUUUUUUUUGGACAACAUUGUUCGUUUCAGUCCAAUACUGUGUUUUCCUCUCCCCCUACGAUUGGCGAGAGAGAACGAGCGAGCGAGCAGGGAGCGUGAACGCGCGCAGGCGGGCAGACGGCAGAAGACGACACCGUGUAUUUUGAUAGGAUUGCAUUCCUGCCGAUGACUGAAUCGUGCAUUCUCUGGAUUUUUUGAGCCCCUAACAACUUGGUCUCUGUAUGGGGCACGGUCGUUUCUCACUACGCAUCGUGGAGCUCGCGGUGUGCUAACAUAUCCUAGUACUAAAAGGGGAAGACACCAAAGACGAUAGUUCUGCGAAUACUUGGGAUAUCUACAUGCAUCAAUAGGCUACACAUUCUCUAACUGGCAAACAUAUCCUCCAGGAUAAAGACCCAGAUGGUGUUCUUGAUUUGAAUUUGCCGAGAGAAUUGCUGCAUUGUUCCGUCAUUACAUGCCACCAGGACCGGAUUGAACGCGGCAGCGGAGAAGGAUGCCCGAUGUUUGUUUUUAGCCAUCCGCGGAAUCAUUUUAAAUUACAGUAUUUGCACCUCACAGUAGCGAGUCGCGGGUAUAAACUUUAUGCAGUUUCUGCGAUAGAUGCAUGCGAUCUUCUGCUGUUGGCGGUGUACUCCGCGACAAGCAGCGCUGGGCUAUAAACAAAACGAAUGAUAUACGCGUGGCUGAUGUCGAUUACUCUGCGCGAAAUUGUUUGUAUUAAUACUUGCAUCCUCGAAUAUCGCAUAGACUAGACUACGUUUCGGGGCUGCUCUUUGGUCGCAACGCAGCAUGAGUACCUAACCUAUUGCUUGUUCCGUCUACGUAAGUGUCACAACGUAGCGCUGAUAUUGCCAAUUUUUGGGCUGUUGUUGUUGUUGUUAAACUGGCUUGUUAUGUUGCAUGCACUGUUUUGAAAAGGCAAUGCAACUACACCUAAUUGUGUUAGAUCACUCGGACUGUACAGUACGAUGCAUCUGCAUCGCAAAUAGCUAUCAUUGUUAACCAUGCCACAUGUACUACUUUGUAGCUUGUCAACUUUAGCCUAAGACUAUAGCCAAUAGUUUCAGUUGAUUGCAGAAUAGACGAGCGUCGUUUUGCCUUUCUCGGAAAGUGUCUUGGGGGAGACGCAUGCAAAUUAAGUUUUCAUACAAGCAACAAGCAACACGGGAAUAACACAACAAUAGGUGCAGGGAAGAGCAGGACAACGCACCUUUUGCUAUAAAUCUCUAUAGGCUACAGUAAUUUUCAGAUCAAGAGGAAAUGUUUUUUCGAAAGUUGCCCGGCGUGUCCGCAUCUGGAAUGGGUCUUCGCCUGUCUCAGAAAUUUGUAUUUUUACUCUUCUUGUCUGGUUUGGUUACUCUGUGUUUUGGGGCCCUAUUCUUUCUGCCUGACUCUGUUCGCUUGAAACGGAUUUUCCUAUCAAAGACGGACAACCCGGCGGUAACCGUGGGCUCGGAGAAUGGGGUAAGGGACCACACGAAAAAAACCAGCAGGGAACCGGAGCACCUUCGGCAGAUAACCCCGGGAAACGGGGAAACGAGCACAAAACUCAAAAGCUUGAGCCGCAAGCCAUCCGUCGCCUACGAGGCGAGAACUGCGGAGAAAGCCGCCGGAGGUAGAGCACAGGAGGACUGGAACCAGGCGAGGGCGAAGGACGAGGCGCGCGGGGCUCGCGAAACCGUGGCGGUCAAGCUCGAGAGGCAGACGACUUCCUCCGUGCACGUCGAGCCCAGGGCUGCCUUUGAUUACGAGAAGUUUAAAAAAUGUCUGCAGAAACCGCCGCUGGGAACGGAGCUCGGCAAGCCCAGCGACCCACAGACUCAACAGCGCCGGGAAAAAGUCAAAGAGAUGAUGAAGUUCGCCUGGGACAACUACAAGCACUACGCCUGGGGCAAGAACGAGCUGCGGCCGCUGACCAAGAACGGGCACAUCGGGAACAUGUUCGGUGGGCUGCGUGGAGCCUCCAUCGUGGAUUCUCUGGACACCCUGUACAUCAUGGGUCUGAUGGAGGAGUACAACGAUGCCAAGGAGUGGGUGGAGACCAGCCUGGACCUCAACACGAACGGAGAAGCGUCUCUCUUCGAGGUGAACAUCCGCUACGUUGGAGGGCUGCUCUCUGCGUACUACCUGACAGGAGCGGAGGUUUUUAAGCGGAAGGUUCUGGAACUGGGGGAGAAGCUGCUCCCUGCGUUCAACACCCCCACCGGGAUCCCCCGCGGCGUGAUCAACCUGGGCAGUGGGAACAGCUGGAGUUGGGGCUGGGCCUCAGCGGGGAGCAGCAUCCUGGCCGAGUUCGGAACCCUGCACCUGGAGUUCGUCCACCUGACGGAACUCUCCGGAAAUCCAAUUUACACCGAGAAGGUGAUGAACAUCCGUAAGCUGCUCAACAAAAUUGAAAAGCCUCACGGACUGUACCCCAACUUCCUGAGCCCCGUCAGCGGGAACUGGGUCCAGCAUCAUGUGUCGAUCGGAGGACUGGGAGACAGCUUCUAUGAGUAUCUGAUCAAAUCAUAUCUCAUGUCAGACAAGACGGAUGAGGACGCCAAGAGGAUGUACUACGCCGCUCUGGAGGCCAUCGAGGCGAACCUGGUGCAGAAGUCCCCCGGAGGUCUCACCUACAUGGCGGAGUGGCGGGGCGGCCUCCUGGACCAUAAGAUGGGGCACCUGGCCUGCUUCUCCGGGGGCAUGGUGGGCAUCGGCGCAGACGACGGGGCGCCCGAGAAGAGACAGCACUACCUGGACCUGGCGGCCGAAAUCACCCACACCUGCCACGAGUCCUACAGCCGCUCAGCCACCAAACUGGGCCCCGAGGCUUUCAGGUUCGACGGAGGCGCGGAAGCCACGGCAACCAGGUUGAGUGACAGGUACUACAUCCUGCGGCCGGAGGUGAUCGAGAGCUACAUGUACAUGUGGAGGCUGACCCACGACCCCAAGUACCGGCAGUGGGGCUGGGAGGCUGUGGAGGCUCUGGAGCGCCACUGUCGCGUGGAGGCCGGGUUCUCGGGCAUCCGGGACGUCUACUCCACCGCCGGGAGCCACGACAACAUGCAGCAGAGCUUCUUCCUGUCGGAGACGCUGAAGUAUCUGUACCUCUUGUUCUCUGAUGAUGACCUGCUCUCUCUGGAGGACUGGGUGUUCAACACGGAAGCACACCCCCUGCCAGUCAUCCACCGGAGCUGCUUACUGGAGCAGGACGAGACUCCGCCCCAAUAGCACAUAGCAUCGUCCAAUAGCACGCUCUUCUGUACUGCUCUACAGUGCUGGAACACACGCGCGCGCACACAUGCACGCACACACACACAUACAUGCACAUACAUACAAACACACAUACACACGUGCACACACACACACAUACACACACUCAAACACAUGUGCACGCACACACAUUCACACAGAUGCACACAUGCACGCACGCACACACACACUCAAACACACAUGCACACACACAUUCACACACAUACACACACACUCACACACAUAUGCACACACAAACACACUCAAACACACGCACAUUCACACACACACACACACAUACACACACAAACACACAGGCGCAUACACUGAAACAUGCACACGUACACAAAUACAAGAACAAGCACACACAGGGAAACUGUCUUAAAGUCUGGAAUUAAAAAUGCAAAACGAAUGUGUGAUUGGACACAACAUAAAACAAGACCAGAAAGACUGAUGUGCAUUUCCUGACCCACACACACACACACACUCAUACAGACACACUCAAACACACAUAGAUACAUGUACAACCACAUACACACUCAAAACACACAGGCAUGCAUGUACAAACAUAUAAACAGUCAAAACACACAUACAUGCUCAAGCACACACAUGCACGCAAACACACAUACACCCCCAUACCCACACACUCACUAUCACACACGCACUCACACACACACACACACAU